CAGCGGCGGCGGUGGCGGUUGUCCCGCCCGGCCGGUUGGUGUGACCGGUCGGCGCGUGCUGCGCAGCUUCCGCGCCUCGUCUAGCCGGGCAGAGCCGAGCGUAGACCGAGACCGGAGCCCGCGCGGACAGAGGGCGGCGGCGGCGGCCAGGGCGGCCCGUGGGAGGGAGCGCGGGGCCCCGGCAGCGCCGCCGGCUCCCGGCCCUGCCGGCCUCCUCGGUCGGAGCCGCGGCCAUGGCGGCCAGCGCGAAGCGGAAGCAAGAGGAGAAGCACCUGAAGAUGCUGCGGGACAUGACGGGGCUGCCGCACAACCGCAAGUGUUUCGACUGCGACCAGCGCGGCCCCACCUACGUGAACAUGACGGUCGGCUCGUUCGUGUGCACCUCCUGCUCCGGCAGCCUGAGAGGGUUAAAUCCACCUCACAGGGUGAAAUCUAUCUCCAUGACAACAUUUACACAACAGGAAAUUGAAUUCCUGCAAAAACAUGGAAAUGAAGUCUGCAAACAGAUUUGGCUAGGAUUAUUUGAUGAUAGAUCUUCAGCAAUUCCAGACUUCAGGGAUCCACAAAAAGUGAAAGAGUUUCUACAAGAAAAAUAUGAAAAGAAAAGAUGGUAUGUUCCGCCGGAGCAAGCCAAAGUGGUGGCAUCAGUUCAUGCAUCUAUUUCAGGAUCUUCUGCCAGUAGCACAAGCAGCACCCCUGAGGUCAAGCCCCUGAAAUCUCUGUUGGGAGAUUCUGCACCAGCACUGCACUUAAAUAAGGGCACACCUAGUCAGUCCCCAGUUGUAGGUCGCUCUCAAGGGCAGCAGCAGGAGAAGAAGCAAUUUGACCUUUUGAGUGAUCUUGGCUCAGACAUCUUUGCUGCUCCAGCUCCUCAGUCAACAGCUACAGCCAAUUUUGCUAACUUUGCACAUUUUAACAGUCAUGCAGCUCAGAAUUCUGCAAAUGCAGAUUUUGCAAACUUUGAUGCAUUUGGACAGUCUAGUGGUUCGAGUAAUUUUGGAGGUUUCCCCACAGCAAGUCACUCUCCUUUUCAGCCCCAAACUACAGGUGGAAGUGCUGGAUCAGUAAAUGCUAAUUUUGCUCAUUUUGAUAACUUCCCCAAAUCCUCCAGUGCUGAUUUUGGAACCUUCAGUACAUCCCAGAGUCAUCAGACAGCAUCAACUGUUAGUAAAGUUUCAACAAACAAAGCUGGUUUACAGACAGCAGACAAAUAUGCGGCACUUGCUAAUUUAGACAAUAUCUUCAGUGCUGGGCAAGGAGGUGAUCCAGGGAGUGGUUUUGGGACCACGGGUAAAGCUCCUGUUGGUUCUGUGGUUUCAGUUCCCAGUCAUUCAAGUGCAUCUUCAGACAAGUAUGCAGCCUUGGCAGAGUUAGACAGCGUGUUCAGUUCUGCAGCCACCUCCAGUAAUGCGUACACGUCCACCAGUAAUGCUAGCAGCAGUGUCUUUGGAACAGUGCCUGUGGGUGCCUCUGCUCAGACACAACCUGCUUCAAGUGGGCCUGCUCCAUUUGGGGCUACGCCUUCUACGAAUCCAUUUGUUGCUGCUACUGGCCCUUCUGCGGCAUCGUCUACAAACCCAUUUCAGACCAAUGCCAGAGGAGCAACAGCGGCAACCUUUGGCACUGCAUCUAUGAGUAUGCCAGCAGGAUUUGGCACUCCUGCCCAGUAUAGCCUCCCCACCAGCUUCAGUGGCAGUUUCCAGCAGCCUGCCUUCCCAGCCCAAGCAGCUUUCCCUCAGCAGACAGCUUUUUCUCAACAGCCCAAUGGUGCAGGUUUCGCCACAUUUGGACAAACAAAACCAGUGGUAACACCUUUUGGUCAGGUAGCAGCUGCUGGAGUGUCUAGUAAUCCUUUUAUGACUGGUGCACCAACAGGACAAUUUCCAACAGGAAGCUCAUCAACCAAUCCUUUCUUAUAGCCUUAUAUAGACACUGUACUGGAAAGAACUUUUAUGUGAUCAUAUUACAUCUCUUCGCCUCUUGCACUGUUGUCUUGUUUCACUGAUCUUAGCUUUAAACAUGAGAGAAGUCUUUACAAUGCCUGCAUUGUGUAUUAAACACCAGGUAAUAUGUGCAAAACAGAGGGCUCAGCAACAGCUUUUCACUUGUGAAUUGGCAGGAAAAGGUAGCGGCAUCAUGUAAGUUAAAAAUUGGCUAAUGUUAAGUUAUUGCAGAUCCUACAUUCAUUAUGCUGCAGUACUGUACAUAUUUUUCUUAGAAAUUAGCUAUUUGUGCAUAUCAGUAUUUGUAACUUUAACACAUUGUUAUGUGAGAAAUGUUACUGGGGAAAUAGAUCAGCGACUUUUAAGGUGCUGUCAUAUAGCUUGGAAUGAAUGAUUAAAAUCAUUUGAAGCAUUGCUUCUGGAAAAUUUAAAUCGGAAGGUUUUAUUCAUUCUUGAAUGCUUCCUUCUAAAGAGCUCUUCUAUUCACACAUGGCUAAGUUCUUUACAGAUGUGGAGGACACCUGUCUGCGGAUAAAGCUGAUCAUGUUUUGCUACAGUUUGCAGGUGAACAAAAUAAAUAUUAGAAAAUAUGCUAUUGUUUUUGUGUUCUUGCUGCAAUGCCUUUACCAAAGUGGCCUUAAAUAAUGAGUAGUGAGUUGAGAACAUCUUGAACUCUUAAAGACUUCUAGUGACUAACUUUUUUUUAAAAGGCCAUGUAGGAAAUUUAUUAAAACUGCUAGGACUGCUAUAUUCAGGAAUGUGACAGUGGAAAAGCAUUUAAAUGUAGCUUGUCGGAUUCACCAUGCUACUCCUAAUUUCUCUGCAACUUAUUAAUUUUGUGAAAUUUGUAAAUAUGGAGAAUUUGCAUGUAUGUGUAUUUACAAAUAUUUUUUAAAGAUCUUGAAUUCUCAGACUGCAAAAGGCCUACUUUACCUAUUUUUUCCCCUCUGUUUUCAUUGUCUUUGAAUGUAUUGGAAGCAGACAUGCAUUGACUGUGACAUGGUUGCACCUGAGGUUUCCCCCCUCGUUUUCUGGACAGACUGAUACUAUCUAUCAAACAUUUGUUUGUGUUUGUUUUGGGGAUAAAGAAAAAGGAACCGAGUGUUACCUUAAAGUGAUGAAAUAACUUGUGUAAAAAGGUAGCAAUACUAAUUUUAGUUUAUCUUUUUGUUAAUAUUCAAAUGAACUGUUUAAAUAUUUAUAUGUAGUAAUGCCUCAUUCAUCCCUCGAUAAUCUGGCCCUUUCAUCAAAACCAAAUACAACUAAGAAUUGAAAUGAUUAAAAAAAUCUUUGAACAAUA